UGAAAGUAUGCCUCCAAAGACUUCAGGAAAAGCUGCCAAAAAAGCCGGUAAGGCUAAAGCCGUCAGAGCUGGCGACAAGAAAAGGAGACGUAAGCGAAAGGAAAGCUACAGCAUCUACAUCUACAAGGUGUUGAAGCAAGUUCACCCAGACACUGGUAUCUCCAGCAGAGCCAUGGGAAUCAUGAACAGCUUCGUCAACGAUAUAUUCGAACGUAUUGCUGGUGAAGCAUCUCGUCUUGCUCAGUACAAUAAAAAAUCCACCAUCACCAGCAGGGAAGUCCAGACCGCUGUCCGUCUCUUGCUGCCCGGUGAAUUGGCCAAGCAUGCCGUUUCUGAAGGUACCAAGGCUGUCACAAAAUACACCAGUUCCAAGUAAACAUCUUGCCCAGUUUCAAACCAAACGGCUCUUUUCAGAGCCACACAAAAUUUCAAAAGAGAUUUGUGAAUUUCAG